GAGAGACCCAAUCUGGUUUGAUCUGGUUUUUUGUGAUGGAAUAUUAACGUCUUGCAAGGCUAUUUUACAAGGUAGCCUUGUUUGGAUUCCUUCUGGACACAAGCGAUAACUAGUCAUCUUGUUUUCACCUGUGGGCAACGCCAUUUACACUUUUUUUUGUUAUUAGUUGAUUAUACAGAAAAACAAAAACCAUGCCGAAAAGAAAGGAAAGUGAUAAAGUUGAAGCACAAGAUGAUAAGCUGCCCAAGAGGAGAUCAACAAGGAUACAAGAGCAACCAGCUCAAGCAAAGCCUGAACCCAAGCCAAAGCCAGUAAAGAAGGAGAAAACGCCAGCAAAGGCCAAGAAAGGAAAGGCAAAGGAAGAAGCCAAGCAGCAGGAGGAGAAGGAGGAGGACGCCCCUGCAGAAAACGGAGAAGCCCAAAGCGACGAGGCGCCAGCAUCUGAAGAAUCCGGAGAGAAAGGUGGGGAAUCUGACUAGCAUCCCUUUACCACGUCUCUCAUCAGCGGUCCCUGAACCCCUUUUCUUGUACAAUUCAGAGGAAUAUUUUUAUCGACUAUUUUCUAAAUGCAAGUUUUUUAGUAGUUUUGAUUGUAGAAACGCAUUUUUUUAAAACGAGAAAUUCAGAAAAAAAGGGAUUCCACCACAUCCCAUGUUUUUACAUCUCUGGAAAACAAUUGUCAUUGUAAAUGCGUAGGUUUUUAUUUGCAAUGUGGGGGACAGGGCGGGGGGCGAGGUGUUGCAGAGUGGAAAUGCAGCGAUCUGGGAUACUGUAUUGGAGCAGGGACAGAUUGGCUCCCAGGCUAACAUUCCAUAGGCUGUGAGGGAUGGGUACUGUAACCUAGAUUGUAUUGAAUUAACAAAACAAAAAAUAAUAAUUAACUGAGAGGUAUUGGAGGAAAAAAUACACCUAUUUUGUUUAUAACUUUUAGAAUGUUUGUAUGCUGUAACAUUUAAAUGUGUACCCACGUUGAUUUUUAUUUUUUUUCCCCCCAUGACUUAAUUAACCCGCUCCCAAGUCCAAGGUCUUUACCCUUUCCAAACUGUGCAUUGUGUUGUGUCGUCUGUUUGUUGUUGAACGCCUUUGCAAUAACAUUGUGUAACUGCUGUGAAAGGGUUUUUAAAUUUAUAUAUAUAGGGUGUGUAAAUGGUAUGUUGUAAGGAUGGUAAAAAAAUGGGACUUCUGUGUUGUGUAUGUGUGUUUUUUUUUUUUUGUUUUUUUUUUUGGCAAAGCUUAUGACUUGACAUGCAUAACAGUGUUAAACAUACUGGUGGUACCUGUCCUUGUAAGGAUGCGAGGUAGCAAACGACUGUGAUGUCACUCGAGUUGUCAAGUGAUCUCAGCAGUGGCAACAAUAGCUACAUGUGGUUUUUAGGUAACAAGUAUAAGUGUACCCAUUGUUUGUUUUUGUUUAUAGCUGUUUCUGUGUAAUAAUGGGUAUAAAAGAACCAAUAAAACAACUGGUUAUACAUUU